AUGUGUGAACGAGAACUUUCGUCCCCCGUCGCGACGAGCUCGGGCCGCAUUCUGCGCCUCAUCACUAAACGGCUCACGGAGGAACAGCGUGAUGAGUUGGACCGUCCGCUCUCGGGUGAGGAGCUUGCCAGUGCAAUCAAAACCAUGCAUCCAGGCAAACCUCCAGGCCUCGAUGCAUUCAAGAAGGCAAUUCCAAAGCCCGAAAUUGUCGUGGUGUAG